AUGAAUGAACGAAAUAAAUUCUCCAUCCAAAACACGCGUCGCCAAUUCAAAGCUCACAAGGUGAUACUGGCCGCGUGCAGUAAACAUUUCCAAGAACUGUUUGACACGGCACCACCCAGUCAUGCGGGUGCUUGCUACGUUAUUCUGGAAGCCACCACGGCUGACAAUAUGCAGGCACUUCUUGAAUUCAUGUAUAAAGGAGAGGUUCACGUCAGCCAGGAUGCGCUCUCCAGCUUUCUCAAGAGCGGAGAAAAUUUGCAGGUCAAAGGCCUGUCGAUGGAAAUGUCGCAAGAUGCAUGGGUGAAGCAGCAAACCCAGCAGAGUUCCGGAGACCGUCACCAGACUCGUAUAAAGACUAGUCCGGUAUCAGGAUCAGGUAACUGCGAGGUUCAGGAGUCGGUGCCACCGCAGCCACAUACAGCGUCCUUUACUCCGAUCAUGCCACAGUACGGGAUGCCAAUGCAUGGCAGCGGCAGCAUGGGGCGGUAUGCUCCACCCGCUCACUUGCCAAUUCAUGCUGGGUCGCACCGCAGACCAGCGCCACCGAAACCAUCGCCAUCUCCAAGUCCACAUGCUAGGAAUUAUAGACAAAGCUCAUCCUCAUCCCACUGCGGCAGCGUUGCUGAUGAACCUGACACCCGUUCUUCACCAGGUGUCGGUACCGGUGGCGGCGGUCGUUAUGAGGAAAAUCCACCGGACUGCACAUCUACCCUCGGCAACCCGACCAAGAAUAACGGAUAUGAACGCAGCGCGUCUGCUAACGAUGAAAUGAUGGAACGCCUUUCUAAUGACCAAGGAGCUGAAGAUUUACGGAUAAAAAAUGAGAACGACUACCAGCCACCGGUGUACAACAAUUCACCGCCGCCAGCGACGUCCCUCCCGAAUGCUAACUAUCAUGACAAGACGAUGGAGACGUCGCCCGUGCCACCGAAACCCAGCCCUGACAUCUGGCCUGCCAAGCUCAUCACUAGCAAGUCUGGUGGUAUCGCUACUGCUGACGGUAAAAAGCUAAAAUGUCCAUACUGCGAGAGACUUUACGGAUAUGAGACGAACUUGCGCGCACACAUUCGACAGCGGCAUCAAGGAAUUCGCGUGCCGUGCCCUCACUGCUCCCGCACGUUCACACGCAACAACACAGUACGUCGCCACAUUGCGCGUGAACAUCGCCACCAGGUCACGCCACAACUCCCCCAAGGCACUCUUCAUAACCACACGCAGUAA